UCCGCAGCGAGCAGCGACACGCGCCAGCGCCGGCCACGGCUCUCAGCUGACCGCCGCACGUGUGCUCCUCCCCCCCUCCUCCUCCACCACUGCUCGCGCUGCCGGCGCUACACCCGUACCACCUCGCUACUCGCCGGCGUCGCUGUGCGGAUAACACGUCGUCACCAGUGUGAUUCGCGUGUGUACCUCACGACACCAUGACGCCGGAUGCUGCACUAUCUCGUUCGGCACCUCGCGCCGCCUCCGACAGUGAUAGCGUUUAAGUUCUCGACAAACAGUACUCUGCCCUAUCCUGCUGUUACUGAAGAUGGCACACCGUAGCCUCUUUGUGUACCACCUUUGACAGUUUCGAAUCCGCAUACAGAACCACAUUCUCUACCUCUUCGGAACAACCAGCGUAACUCAGACUUAAGCGUUAAAAAUCAAAAGAAACUUGGUCGUCAUUUUUCCUCGUGUCACAAGAGAAGUGUGCUAGAUGCGACUCGGCCCGCUGACUGAAGACUGUGCCCGCACUGCCGAGUAAUCGGAGAGAGCGAGUCGACCAACUGUCACCACCGAUGAAGAUGUCGCAUAAAAGGAAGCCGAGCAGCGUUCACAAGGACAACGUGUCGACACCGGAACCCGAGAUGCCUGACGAGGAGCACUUUCAAGGUCGUAAUGGUGACCUACGUCUACAUGAAGAGAGAGAUGGAGUUGCUGAUGAGGUCUUGUGGAGCGGAUACCACAAUGCCCUAGGUCUUAAGAAGUCUGCCCAGCGUGAACAGUCUAGCCCUCUGCUGUUAAGUGAUCGCAGCCUUACUCAGGAAACAGGUUCUGUGCAUGAUGAGACAUCAUCAAGUGGCAACAAGGAAGACGAAGAUGAUGAUGAUGAUGACACUGAGGACAAGAUUGAUCCACAGCAAUAUGACCCUGAGAGGCUCAAAGCUUUUAAUAUGUUUGUACGCCUCUUUGUGGAUGAGAACCUGGAUCGUAUUGUACCAAUUUCGAAGCAGCCCAAGGAGAAGAUACAGGCGAUAAUUGACUCCUGCACACGGCAAUUUCCCGAAUUUGCCGAGAGAGCACGCAAGAGGAUCAGGACUUACCUUAAGUCGUGCCGCCGCAAUAAGCGCUCUCGGGAUGGAAAUGGAGCAUGGGAAGCUGUAAGGACUACACGACCCACCCCUGCACAUCUGACUUCAGUUCAAGCUGAGCAAAUUCUGGCACAGGCCUGCGAGAAUGAGAGCCAUAAUGCAAAACGAAUGCGACUUGGUCUGGACCCUGUCAGUCAGCCAUUGCCUCUUACACCACAACCUAUAUUGUUGCAGGCAGAGGGCAGGCCACUUGCAUUGGACUUCCCAGCCACCACAUCAGGCAGUGAUGUUCGUCCCGCCCAUACUCGAGGUUCAAGUGACUUGCCAGAUGGAAGCCCCAACAUGCCCCCGACAUUUGGCCCAGUUACUGUAAGUUCUGGCCUGAAGAGCUCAGUUCCGUCCCCAGUAACAGACUCCACUGCAAAGGUAGCAAGUACUGUUGGAGUUGUGAACGGUGCAACCCCUAUCACGCCAACGACGACACCUGCCACUGCCUACCGCCCUAACUUUGGACAGGCUUUCCAACGUGUCGCUACAUCUGGCCCCUAUUCGGCACCGCUGUUUCCAGCACCACCAUUUGGAGCUGCUGGCAUGAUUAGCAAUGGACCUACAGAUCUAAGCAUGAAGACAAAACCACUGCUCAGCCACAAACUGAGCACCGCCGAAAUAGUAGCAGUAAGGCAGUUGAUUACUGGGUACAGGGAAUCUGCUGCAUUUCUUCUCCGGUCUGCAGAUGAGUUAGAACAGCUCUUGCAGCAACAGUGAUUGACCUGAGAAUGGACAUGGUGAUCUGCACAGAGAGACUGAAGCAAAAUGAAUGCAGGGAUCUCAGAUUUCUCCACUGUGUACAAAGUGUGAAGACAUUGUGUCAAGGGAUGUUUGGUUCAUUGUGCAUUUAAACAUCUUAUUUCAUGAUCUGGUGUCCUUGUGUGUGUGCUGAUAGUACUUCUUUGACUUUGAUGUAUUUCAUGUGAACACUUUGCUUAAACUGAUGUGUGAUACAGAACAAGUUUUCUGGGAUAUUCCAGCUGCAUGAAGAAGAAGCAAAUUGCUUCAACAACUUAUUCAUGAUGAGUGUAAUAAUGGAAAGCACUUAACAUUAUUAAACUGUGCUAAACAUUUUUCAAGAUGAAAAAAAAAAAGACUUUAAACUCUGUAAAGAUAUUUGAUGGACCAAUUACAUGCUCUCACUCAUGUAAUAGCUGAUGCAGCACUUUUGUACUUAUUUAUAACAAUUUUUUCCUGACCCUGCACUGUCACAUGCCUUUGUUAUCAUUAUCAAUGUCAGAGUCACUAUUUAUAUCAGUCAUUUACUAUGAAAUGUAUAUUUUUGGUGUUGACUACAUUUUGUUCCUAACAGAUACAUUUGUAGACAAGUGUUGGUCAUGUUUUUCAUUUCUUCAACAGGAACAUGACUCACAGACAGAACUUACCAAUAAUUUGUGAUUAUAAAGAGUUUACCAGUUUUUUGAAAUUGUAAGUUAUAGGCCUCUGACUCUGCAAAAACGAAAAAAAAAAGAAACAUCCUCUUGUACAAAUAUGGUUGAUGUGUUUUUCAUGAGAUAGAAGCUGUCUUUAAUUCAUUGAUUACGAAAUGUCUAAGGACAAUACACAGAGUAAGCAUAUUGGACAUGUUUGUCUUUCAUGAAACCAGAAACAUAUUUGCUAGUUUAUAACAUUUGUUGAAUGCAUGAAAAUACAAAACGCACUUUGAGGAAGAUGUAAUGGUUGUGUGACUCGUUGUCAGUUUCCUCAUAUUCUUUCUGUGUUUCUUGUGACAUGUGAUUUAUAUCUGUGCAAUCAUAAUGUUAAUUCGAACCUCUAUAUGUGGAUAUUCCUAAUUCCAUCCAUAGCAUUAGCUGAUGCACACUACUUAAUGCAACUUCUCUAAAAAGAGAAAAUUUAUUUGGCAAAAAAAUUUUAAAAUAUUCUCAGCAGCACUGUGCAAUCGAUGUUUCAAAUGUUUUGUCUGUAAGUCAAAAAUGCGUUUUUCAUAUAUUCAUAUUUGUAGUAUUUGUCCAUAUAUGUAAAUAAAAUUUGUAUUUAAAUAUAUAUAGCAGCUUCAAAGAUUUAAUACUUUAUACCCACCACACAGUCUUGUUUCAAAUUUAAGUAGAUGGAUGCAUCUUUUCAUUUGUGACAAACUCUCGGUGUUGUGUUUUUGAUAUUAAUCUGUGUUGAUGUUCGUGGCAGCUACAAUAAGGAAUUCAACAGUUUUGUGGAAGUGUUUCCAGACUGUUCUUCCAUGUUGGAAUUUACUGUAUAAGAGAAUUUACAGAAUGAUGAACUGCAUAAAAGAAUUUACAAAAUGAUGAACUGGCUAGUGAAUAAGUCCUUGCUUAGAUGUUUUACUUUUGUUAUUGGGAGCACUUAUUGUUUUUACAUUUAAAAACUGGAAACUUUGCACAACAAAAUGUUAUUUAAAUUUUAUAAAUGCUCAGAUAUAUGCACAUAAGUAUGUGAACCUUGGUGGUUUUCCCGAUAACAUGUAAUUGCCAAAUAUUAUUUCAAAAUGUGAGUCUUACACUGCCUUUCCUUCUUGAUAAAAUAUUGCUGAUGUGGCAGCACUGGUUUUUAGCCAUUGUUUCUUAAUACAUUUUUUCUUUGAGCAUCACCAUAUUUCUUGUAGAUGAGUUUCAGUACCCAACAAUACAUUGUACAGCAACAUUACUGCAUAAUGUAUUCUUAAUUUUGCUUUGAGACCUUCGUAUCCCUUAUAUUUUAUGUUGAAUUUCAUAAAUUACUUGGGCAUGGAAUUUGAAUGUAGCUACCAUAUUCAUUAAGCAAACACUGGAGACAUUGGUUCCAAGCAAAACACAACUCAGCAAUUCAUAAUUAUAGUGCCAUUUUAAAAUAUAUGAUGAAUAAAUUAAAAAAUAAUGCAACACAUUUAUUUAAUAAAUAUGGUAAAUAAAAAAGAAAACUUGCAUCAUUGUGAGUAACUGUAUUUAUUUUGAGUUGUAAUUUUAUUUCAAAUUUUGCACAGUUUGUUAAGUAAACUGGCAAAGCCAUUACACUGUAUGCGUGUACCAAAUUUUUUUAAUGACAAACACUUUAUUCUUUUUAUAUUCAUGAAAGGUAUCUGUGUUAUAAACAGAUGAAAUGUACACAAAACGCAAAUGACUGUACUAAAAUAGCGUGUGAAUGUGUUAGGUUCCCUGUACUGCCCUCUCUGUAUUAAUUAAGUACAGUAUAUUGUGUUUUUAGAGGAUUUACCAUUUUGGAUGUGUUCAUACUAACAUUCACAGUACAUCUUUUCCAUUAAAUAUGGUUAUUUGUCAUUAUGUAAAAGAUGUUAUUGUAUUGUGUUGUAUUUCCUGUGGUUAGUUUUGGUGGUGUAGUUUCAGAUAUAAUUGGAACAUUACAUCUGAAUUUUAAUCAUGGAACAUUCUUCUGGAAUGAUUGCAACAUGGGCAGUGUUACCAGGUUUCUGGCCAUCUGUAGGGGUCAGUCUAACUACUGGAGGCCUAAUUUUAAUGCUUUUAUGGCUUUACAGAAAACUUGGUUUCAGCAUCUGUGCAAUCAUGAAGUAUGACAUGUAGUUUUCAGAGUGCAUCUCUAUGUGGCAAACAUUAUUGCAAAUUUUGAAUCCCAUUUUCCAACACACACACCAUUUAUAGCACAUUUUCAAAUUAUCUUACUGUACACUGUAAUCAGUUUUCUACAUGGGCUGUAUAUGUGUGGUUACAGAAGUGUUCUAGGAUAUGUUUUUGGCCAAAAGGAAUAAAAAAUACUAAGUUUCUAUAGCAUAUCUGUUACUGACAGAUUGAAAUUAAAAGGGGUGGUGCUUGUAACUUGUAUUACUUCCUGCUUUAUUGUUAUUAAAUUGUUUCGGUAUGUUUCGGGGUAAAACAGAUUGACUCAUGAUAGCUACAGAAUUGUGUCACAUGUAGCAUAUUAGUAUAACUUGAGGGGGGGGGGAUGGUGGUUCAGAUCAUUUAAUUUUAAGGGACUAACUCCUUCAACAUAGAAAUUUAUUUCCCUCUUAUUGUAAUAUACCUCAUAUAAUUUUGGUUUGAUAGGUAUACGUAUUAAGCAUAUUUGUCUUCCAGCAUGUUCUUAUAAAUGAAAAGAUACUGUCAACAAAGUUCCUAAGUCUUUCUGAUUUUUGUGGUACUAUCCUGCUUCAUCUUAUCCAGUACAUCAGUUAAGUACAUUACCAGGCGUGAUUUAUGACUGUUUCAUUAACAAGUUUGAAAAAAAAAAAAAGGAAGCCAUUAAAGUUGAUGAUAGGCACCUCC